CAUUCCCCUACGUGAAGAGUUAUCUAUCUUUGUUUUCCUUCAGUCACUCAGGAAAGUACCAGCCCGACCUGCCUCCUGUCCUGGACAGCUACAGAGGAACACAGAGCAGAACACAGACAUAAAGACAUCCUCGUCGGAUACAGACGCAACACACACACAGCAGUGUUCUGAGGUUUCACAGCAGAGGAAGCCAAGAGGACAAACACACACAGCGGCUCCAUCUCUCGCUCUUCCUGCACGCCCUCUGCUGCAUCUCAGGGGACUGAGGUUGCUCUACCCGUGCCCCCCCCACGGCCGGACGUUGCAGAUUGAUGAUGCCGCAGCAGUCAAUGGAUCGCUGUGAGGUUUCAGAGAACUACCACAAUCAUAGCCCGGGGGCCCAGGGGAGCCAGCGGCGCCUGGUCAGUGGACUCCUUCUCUGGGUUGGUCUCCUCACCGUCAGCCACGUGGUCUCCAUCACCCUACUCGUCAUCACCAGGCCACACGCACUGCCUCUGCCAGAAAUAGUUUCAGCUCCAAAACCUACAGCAGACUCAUCUCUGAGCCUACCCCUGGAGUCACAAAGAGUGCCAUGGCAAAUGCUCACCUUUGAACCCACAAGUAUAGAUGAUAAUGAUGCCUCGGUGGUGAGAAGUGGGAUCAAGUGGAAGACUCAGUCCAAGGGAAAUAAUUUUGUCUCCCUAAAGGGCGGAUCCCUGACCAUCAACCAGGAUGGUUGUUACUUCCUGUAUCUUCAGGUGACUCUGGAGACACCAGAGGUGUCUGGACAGCACAUAGUGAGAGUGAACAAGCCCAACAGAGUCCUGCUGGAAGUAAGGAUGACCAACACCUCCCUCAGCACAGGGUUCCUGGGCAGGGCUGUGGAUCUAGCAGCCUCUGACACCCUCACAGUCACUGUCUCCCCUGGUGCCAGGAUCAACACCAGCUACACCGCCACAUACCUGGGCAUCAUAGGUCCAAAAUUAUAUCUGUAGAUUCUAUUGGAUAUAGACACUCCUGUCUUCAUAGACACAUGCUGGGGGCUAGAACUGGGAGUCAUUUGGUAGGGGUUGAUUGAAUAGAUCCUGGGGAUCUGGAGUUAACUGGGAUCAACCCAUCAUCCCACCAUCUGUCAGAGAGAUGGAGUAGUGGGGAAGAUCAUGUGGGAGACUCCGUAUAUUUGACUGAAACUGAUUCAGUCCGACUCCCUGCCCAUCACAGAAGAUUAUUCCACUCCUUUAUCCUCUACCUAGCCUUCCAACUGGUUUUGAGCUGCAAGGAUUUUCUUUCCAGAAUUCUACAGAUUGUUUAUUUUUUAUUUUUUAUUUAACCUAUAUUUAACUAGGCAAGUCAGUUAAGAACACAUUCUUAUUUUCAAUGAGGGCCAACCAAAAUGCAAAAGGCCUCCUGCAGGGAAGGGGGAUUAAAAAUGUAAUAUAAUAAUGCAUCUUGUAAUUUUGUAAAAAUAUGUUUAAAAGUAUUGGUCAUCAUGGGUUAUGGGUUGUACUGUUACUUUAGCGUGUUUCUCUCUUGGAUGAAGUAGCACUGUUUUUAUCGCUCAGGAUUAUAGUUAGUAUGUUUUUCCAGUACCGGUAAAUAUUGUUUUUUAAGCUAUGAACGAGGGGAUUGUUUUAUCAAGUAAUGUGCACAGGGUUGUUGAGAGAAUGCACAGUAUCAACAUAUCUUUAAUGAUUACUUUAAUAUUUGCGUACUGCUUUGUAUUUAAAAUAUGAUUUUUUAAACAUAUUUAUGUCUUAUUACAAUAUUAUCUUAUUAUUAUUUUCUUAUUUAUUUUAUAUAUCUAUUUUGAAGGACAUGUUGAGUAUGUUGUAGGAUGAGAUGUAGAGAUAAUCAAUUAAUGUAUGUCACUAACCAGGUUUCCAUUAAAUCGUUUUAUGCGAGUAAAGUACGUCAGGUAAAACAUUUAAUGAUAGGCCUGAUGGAAACAGAAAAUGUUUCGGUAAACCUUCCAAAUGUAGACAAAACAAAAUAAGCUAUACAAGGUGGGAUCUUUUUGUGUCGGUAGAAUUAGUUAUGCGAGAAAUGGCAGUGGAAACACCUUUAUGCGCAAAUAUUGAUGUAAUAACCAUUAUAUCGAAGUAAACUUGGAGUCACGCCAUGAUAAAUGGUGUGGUUCUCCCACUACGACUCGGGAAAGCAUGCAGUUCAUUGCGCUUCAGAUUAAAUACAUUACGAUGAACUUCACAGGGUGGUGAAUGUGCAUGGUGAUGCUCCUUUCCAAUAAAUAUCAAGGGUCUUCUUCUGGUGACAUGAUGAUCGAUUCUUGGCUGACUUUUGACAAAUACAAAUAAUAUUGCUCUUAUCCAAUAAUCGCAUAAUGUUGGUAGCCUACCGCACUGUAUCUGCGAGCUGUUGGCUAGAGCGCAUGUUCCAAGAUCAGAGUGCACAUUUCCUACUCCAUCAGUAGAGUUGAAAAUGCGAUGGAAACUCAUUUUCCAUUCGGUAGGCUACAUGGGAAUUUAACGGCAGAAGUUAUUGUUAUCUGCACUACGUCCUCAAGCACAGCCUUUUACCCAUAAAAAAGUAUGUUUGAUGGAAACAUCCCUGGCGGGGGGAUGCACAUUUCGUUUUAGCAGAUUUUAGAAUAUUAGCAUGAAAAUCUAUCGCAAAUUGGAUGGAAACCGACUUUAUAGCGCCAAAUAAACUAGAAUAAAAUGUACGUUGUUACGAAUUCCACAACGGAAGUUGUGAAACAGGAAUGCAAUCUAUUAUAUUAAGAAAGCACUGGAUUUUUUUCUCCAAACAAAUAAAUGAAGUACAGUAUUUGACUUGUAUAUGGCUUUUAUUUC